AUGGGGGUGAAGCGGAGCCUUCAGUGCGGGGGCACCCUGCUGGGCCUCUUGGCCAACAUCUUCACGGUGCUCUCCACAGCUACCAACUACUGGAUUCGCUUUCCCACGGGACACAGCGGCCUGUGGCAGGACUGUACCCAGGGCACCUGCUCUAAUAUGCCCUGCCAGUUCAUGCUGGAGGUGACCGGGGCGUGCAUGGUGCUGGGGGCCGCCUUCAGCAUCGUGGGCUUGGUGACGGCGCUGAGGAUCCUGUGUCGGGAGGGCAACUCACCGGGCCGGACUACGAGCACUGUCUUCUUCUUCUGCGGCCUCCUGCUGCUGAUGGCUUUGACAGGCUACACCGUGAAGAAUGCGUGGAAAAACGACGUCUUCUUCUCCUGGUCCUAUUUUUUGGGGUGGAUGGCUGUACCUUUCUAUAUUCUCGCGGGCUUCUGCUUUCUGCUGGUGGACAUGAUCCUGCAGAGUACGGAUGCCAUCAGCGGGUUCCCCGUGUGCUUGUGACCGCAGCCUGCCUGGGGCAGAAUAAAGGACCCGCUUAGCUUCCACCGCUGGCUCCGCCUCCCUUUCUGGGGAUGCGAGGACACGG